UCCACGUCCCACAUUUCGGGUCGUAUUUCCGCUGUUUCCAGCGUCCAGUGUGUCGCUCGUUUGUUUCUCUGUGCAGUGGAGUCCUAUCCCGCGUUGUCCCCAACGACGUAUCACAACCGGGCAGUCGAGGUUGGACGCGAUGCGAUAUGCGUGUUGCUGUGCAAGUGCCCCCCCAACGCAUCGCCUUUUGUGCAGCAAAACCACCGAAGCUCGUCCCCUGUGCAUGUGCGCGUUCGGAAAAACGGCCAUCGCAAUGUACUAACGUGAAAAAAGUGAAAACGAUAAAACUACAUUAAAGCCAGCUGGCUGUGAAGCAAUACAAAAAAAUAUUAAAUCGUGCAAUUUUCCCCCUCGUGUUAUUCAUGUGCUGUUAAAGUGUUAUUCUCUCGUAAACAGUGUUAACGUGCCCGAAUGGCUUCGAGCGUGUAGCUGAGUGGAGGCAAAAAAAAAGCGCAAUAAUACUAACGGGAUCGGGAAGCGAAAUUUAAAAGAAGCAGAUAAAAAAAAUAAAAACAGGAACCCGUACGGGAAACCCGAAAAACUCCAGGUGACACCGUUCCCAACGCCCAGCGUGCGCAACGUACACACAAUUGAUGAAGAUUGAAAACGAGUCAAAUUGAUGUUUGAAGCGAGACAGGAAACAGACACAAUGCUGCUGCUGAACGGAUGGAUCGGAGUGCUGCUAGGAUUCCUCUCGGUCUCAGAAACGCUCGGGCUGAAGCUGAAAACGGUGCGCAUCCCAACGUACAAGUUCCGCAGCGAGUCGGCCCUGCUCGAGUGCCACUACGAGCUGAACGGGGCGCGAAAGGGACACGGCUCGCUGGACGGCAGUAACCGGCGGCACCACGGCUACCAGAGCGACUACCUGAGCGAGCCGUACGAGGAGGAGGAAAAGCUCUACUCGAUCAAGUGGUACAAGGACAACGAGGAGUUCUACCGCUACGUGCCGUCGGCGUCGCAGCCGAUCAAGAGCUACAAAAUCGAGGGCAUCCGGGUCGACCCGAACCACUCGGACGGCACCAAGGUGCUGCUGCGCGGCCUGACGCUCAAGUCGUCCGGCAUCUACCGGUGCGAGAUCUCGGCCGAGGCGCCCAACUUCGACUCGGUGCACGGCGAGGGCCGGAUGGAUGUGAUAUACGUCCCCAAGGACGGGCCACACAUAAGCGAUGGCGAGCGGAAAAGCUACCAGAUCGGCGAGACGAUGGAGCUGAACUGCACGUCUGGCCGCUCGUACCCCGCCUCCACGCUGCAGUGGUACCUCAACGAUCUGCUGGUGACGGAUCCGAACAACAUCGUCCACUAUCCGGCGGUGCACAACCAGCACGGGCUGAUCACGACCUUCCUCGGGCUGAGCAUGGUCGUCAACCACCGGCACUACAUCGAUGGCACGAUGCGCAUCAAGUGCGUCGCCAGCCUAUCGCCCGUCCUGUGGCGCGGUGGACAGGAGAGCAUCGUCCAGUGGGAGCAGCCCGCCAUCGACAAUCGCGUCGCCAUGCUUUUGGUGAAAAGCAAUGCUUCCGUGCGAAGGAUACACUUACUAGUGUCACUCAUCAGCCUCCUGCUGUACGCGUGUCGAUUGACCUUCGCUCGCAUAGUCUAGAGGCAGUGUCUGUUGCAGUAACGAAUCAAAUAAAUAAUUCCUCCCUCCCUCCUACACACGCAAACAUACACUGAAAGAGACACAAAUCGACAUAAGGAAAACACACAAAACACAGCCUCCCUUAGCUACGAGAGACCGCAGCAGUCUGUGGCAUACAAUAAGGUAGCGUUGAAACUUAUCAUUAGCAAGUAAUCUAGGGGACAUUUCAAACCAAGCGACGUGAUAGAGUUACAUUUCGGUGUCGGCAUUAGCGUCGACGAUCGUUAAGGUUCGUCGGUUCGAGGGACGGUCGGAGAUCAUUUAAAAAGUAAAAUUCACAACAAAGUCAAAUCCCAACCAGAGCUUAGGAGUCGAGAGUCGUGCCGCGAGGGUUAGCUAAACAAUGAUGAAUCGGACCGCGUGUCUAACGCACCCAACAAACGAACAGCAAGAAUGUUGGCCACAGGAUUCCUACAAUCCGCAAUUGUAAGUUGAGUCCAAACGACGCGACAGAACAGUGUGCUAAAACAAGUCCAAUAGGAAACAACUUAAAAUCCUAUCUUCAGCAAAACGUUAACUUUCAAAUACGCAUCCAAACGAGAGAGCUGAUUUUACGAGCCCUAAAGUAGAACGGAAGCGUCUUUUUUAGAAGAAGUGUCCUGCUAGAACCAUGGUUCGAUUCUAAAAACGAAGCGAUAGAACCAAAACAAUCCAUGCUAACACACUGGACAUCACCGGGCACGACAAACUGAUUUGCGUGAAUUGGUGCAAGGAUAGUAAAAAUUGUUAAACAAGUCAACCCUGCGUCGACGACUGCACGAAGGUCGUGCGCGAUGAAGAAUGGUAGGGGUGAAGAGCAAAAUGUAAAAGCAAAUAAAUCGUUGUAUAUAACCGAGUGAAAAGUUAAAAAGGUAAAGAAUAAACAUGCGAUGCAAUGUUACAAACAAUUAGCAUAUUAGCAUCGUCGUAAACGCAAAAGAAACACACACACAAACACAGAUACACAAAAACGAAACUCUUGCAUCGACAGUAACGGAGUAGGGUGGUACCUCCGAACAAAAUAGUAGGAAAGUGGAAAAGAAUAUAAAAAGUGAACACAAAGUCAAUCGUUUAAUUUUGUAAAUAAAGUUAGCAAACAUAACAAAACUACUUU